UUUCCUGCUAAUGUCACGCUAAUCGCUAUUUUGCAUGGAAUCGUGAUUACAAUUGGCGAACAGUGGGGAAUACCAAGUGAAUUAAUGGUGAUCGAUGGCAAAUUGACCGCUUCCGUGUUAACAGCAUUAACGGGUCGCGCGUUCCCGUAACUCCUGGUGACUCAUCGAGGUCCUACAUACGCUUGUGACCAUGGACACCGACGAUGGAGAAUCUUCAAGCAGUGGACCUAUGUCCAGCUUGAAUAGCUUGUUCUCAUUCACAAGUCCUGCCGUCAAAAAACUGUUGGGCUGGAAACAGGGUGACGAAGAAGAGAAGUGGGCAGAGAAGGCGGUGGACAGCCUGGUGAAGAAGUUAAAGAAGCGGAAAGGCGCCAUCGAAGAGUUGGAGCGUGCGCUGUCUUGUCCAGGCACGCCAUCCAAAUGCGUCACCAUACCCAGGUCGCUGGAUGGCCGGUUACAGGUUUCCCAUCGCAAAGGGCUACCACACGUGAUAUACUGCCGCGUGUGGCGCUGGCCCGACCUGCAGAGCCAUCACGAGCUCAAACCGCUCGAGAUAUGCCAGUAUCCCUUCAGCGCCAAACAGAAAGAGGUAUGCAUCAACCCUUACCACUACAAGCGGGUCGAAAGUCCGGUCCUACCGCCAGUUUUAGUGCCAAGACAUUCAGAGUUCGCCCCUGGACAUUCUCUAUUGCCUUUCCAAAGGACAACAGAACCUGCGAUGCCCCACAACGUGUCCUACUCAGGAUCCGGGUUUCCUCCAUCCGCCUCAUCAGAACUGCCGGACACUCCACCACCCGCGUAUUCACCGCCGUCAGAUGACAGUGAACCCCCGGGGGAAGUCGCGCCGGUUUCAUACCAAGAGCCUUUGUACUGGGCGUCCGUUGCGUACUACGAACUGAACUGCAGAGUCGGGGAAGUGUUCCAUUGCAACAGCCAUUCGGUAGUCGUGGACGGUUUCACGGACCCCUCGAACAACAGUGACAGAUUUUGUUUGGGACAAUUGAGCAAUGUGAACAGGAAUUCGACGAUCGAGAACACGAGGCGUCACAUAGGGAAAGGCGUACAUUUAUACUACGUCGGGGGCGAAGUGUACGCUGAAUGUUUGUCGGACGCCGCGAUAUUUGUGCAGAGUCGCAACUGCAACCACCAUCACGGAUUCCAUCCGUCCACUGUCUGCAAAAUACCUCCAGGGUGUUCGUUGAAGAUUUUCAACAACAGAGAGUUCGCUCAGCUUCUAUCCCAAAGUGUCAAUCACGGUUUCGAAGCUGUCUACGAGUUGACAAAGAUGUGCACGAUCCGUAUGUCCUUCGUGAAGGGGUGGGGAGCCGAGUACCAUAGACAAGACGUGACGUCGACGCCAUGUUGGAUAGAGAUACACCUCCACGGUCCGCUGCAGUGGCUGGACAAAGUGUUGACUCAGAUGGGCUCGCCGCACAACGCGAUAUCGUCUGUGUCCUAACCGUGUUUUACACCACCAUCCCCACCGGUUUUUGACGUAUUUUUAUUUCGGUUUUUUAAUCUCACAAAUUUUUUAUGUAUUGCAUUUAUUGUUUUGUUUAGUUAGACUACUUAGUGAUGGGCCUUCAAAAUUUUCCCUGCACUAAUAUUUCCAUUAAAAUGGGAAUGUGAUGUACAAGCCAGAUUAUUCAGUGGAUGUUACCUCUGAAUAAUCUAUUAUAUACUGAAAUAAUAUUACAACAUUGGUCUAUACUAGAAUAUAUUUCUAGGCUCAGAAAUAAUGUUUUGCAUGCAAGAAAUUGUUCAAAACAAUUUUUAUUGAAAUUGAUUUAGUAUUGGAAUUUGAAACUGCCUACAGGGUUUUAUUCGAUUCCUCCCCUUAUGUAAUAUUAUGUAUUAAAGUUUGAAGAUCCAUCACUUUUAAAAUAUUUUUCAAAAACUUAUAAUUUCUAUACAUACAUUACCAGCAUUAUGGUAUAUUUUUUUAAAACAAAAUAUGCACAUUGUUGCCAAGUAAUAGUUUUAUAUUUUUCUCAAAAUAAGUAUAGUCUGGUGGUUAAGGUGAGCUUUCACGGUGCUAUUGCAGACAGCAUAAAAAAAUUAAACACUUUUAUUUUGCUACUUUUUUAUUGAAAACUUACGUCUGGGCAUUAAGAAAUUGAAAUAGUACACUCAAAAAAUAAUAUAAAUGUAGUUUUGCAUAAAACUUUUAAAAAUAAUUCUUGAUACAAACUUUUUUAUGAGCAAAUCAGUUUCUCAGAAAAUAAAAUGCUUACAAUUUUUUUUUCUUUUGGUCUAUUCACCUUGACACACCAUAAAAGUAUUUUAAAAAAUCGUAGCUCAAAUGAUGUGUCCAACAUGGAAGAUAAACGUAAGACGUAUAUUUUAAGUGUACUUGUAUUUUAUUAACAUAAAGACAUACAUUGAAAAUGAGGGAAUAUUUGAAUUAUGAAUAACUGAAUAUUAAAUAUUGAAUAUUAUACUCGUGAAUGUUCAUUAUAAUGACAAGUUAAAAGAUAUUAUUGCUGUAAAUAGGUUUUGACUAAAAAUGUGGUAUCGCUUGGUGUUUCCUUAUUCUAUGAAUUCAAGAAGUGAAUUAAAAAAAAUAAACAAAAAUUUUUUUUUUGAAGUUUUUGUUUUAUUGUGUAAGUUAUGAUAAAAUUACUUCAUGACAAACGUUUUUUUUUUAGUUUUGAACCCUUGACUGACUUAUUUUAGGCAGGUAUUCAAAGCUUCUUCAAUAGAGAUUUAAUUUACAUUUUUUUAUUCUUUACAAGUUAGCCCUUGACCACAAUCUCACCUAAUGGUAAGUGAUGAUGCAAUCUAAGAUGGAAGCAGGUGAACUUGCUAGGCGUAGGAUGAAAAUCCAUACUCAUUUUCCAUAGAUAUUUAAUUUACAUCUUGGGUUUAUAGAAUUAAGUGUCACCAUAGAUUACGAGUAGUUGCUAGUUUUGGAUGCGGUAUGUCAAGGUAUUGUAAUUAUACGAAUAUUGAUUAAUAUAAUUAUUAGUGUCCAUUCAAAUGGGCCUGUUAUGAGAGUACAAAUUUUCAGAUAUUAUUAAAAGCUCAAGCUGUGUUGGAAUAAAUCCUAAAGGUUGCAUUAAAAUAUAAUAAGUUAUUCUAUAAUAUUAGGCAACAGUAAAACUUUUGAGCAAGUACAUUUAAAUGGACACAUUUAAGCUUUCUAGUUAUGAAAAAAUGCAAUUUUUUUUAUUAUUUUUGACUUUUAUAUGAUUAAAAAUGUAGGUGUAGGUUUAUGACGUGGCUCCUUCAAAUGAUAAUUAUUAUUAUUAAUAAAAAAUUUUACAAGUUUUAUUUGAUCUGUCUUUGAUCAGCGAAUUGUACAUGCCAUAUUUAACUUAUUACUAUUUUGUUUCAAUGUAAAAUAAAAAUAAAUUUAUGAAAUAAAAAACCUUAUUUUUUGCAAAGUAAAGUGGACCUAAUCACUUUUUGAAGUUUCUGUACUUUGCAGACAUUUUAUAUUUUUUUAUUUUAAUUUUUGGGAGCCACAAAAAUUAAUUCUACUUUACUGUAAGGAAUUGUGUUCGAAAUAGUAAUUGAUAGAAAUAAUAAGAGUAAACUAAGUGUUUAGUAAAUAUAUCCUAAGUAAAUGUGUAUCUGUGGAGUUUUUUAAUUUCACUAAUUAUAUUGUAUAGUCAAGACCAAAUUUGUGUAAAAAAAUAAUAGAUUUGUUUUUUCGAAAUUGAUAAAUAUGUAUUUUAUAAUUUUGACAGGCUUAAGAAUGUGCCAUCGGUGUAUAUUAUGUAUGAAUGAAAUGAAUAAUGAAAAAAAAAAUUAUAAUGAAAAUAUUCGUGUGUAAAGUUGUUUUUUUUUGUUAUAAGAAAAAUAAGUUUUUUUUUAAAUUGUAAGAUUUUGUUAUCUACUUAUAUAAUGUUUCUUUAGCAGCAGUUAAAAAUUGGAUUUAAACUUACUACAUGAUUUAAUAAAUAAAUAAGAAAAUGCAGAGUAAGAAAAAACUUUUAAUAAUCUCGGUAUAAAUAUUCAUGUUUCAAAAAGACUUUCUAACCAAAUUUGGGACACGCUCAGGUAAAUUUUUUUUUAAAUUUUGAUUGAUCUCAAAAUAAUAUAAGUAUCUACGUUUUUAGUUCCUCUAAAGAUCACUGGGGUGUGUCCUUUGCCUUAUAAAAGUGCAUUCAAUUGAUAAAAAAUAAUAAAAAACUAUGAUUAUUAUUAUAUUAGAAGCAGCUGUUACUUUGCGAGAGUGACUAUAAACAAAAAUGGAUUAAUUUUGCUAUUCUCCGCGUAAAAUAAACCAAUUUUAUUAAAUGAAUCAACAAUUUUAACAAACCUCAAACUUUGAGCAAUAUUCACUAUUUGUUCAUUCACUACUAGACCCGUAGACCAAUCUGCAAUUUGUAAAAUAUAUUUUGUAUAAUACUCCGGAGAGUAGUAAAAAUAAACAUAUUAUUGUAAUAAUAUUAUGGUGAUCUAUAAUUACAUAUAUUUAGAGUAACAUUUUUAUAUUAGAAAAAAUAUUUACACAGUGAAAUAUAUAAUUUAAAUAUUAUUAAAAAGUAAUAUAACCAGUAAUUUCAAUUUAAAAACGUAUAUUAUGUAUGCACAGGUAAUGUAUAUAAUAAUAAUUAUUGAAAGCUAUUGAGGAGUGAUUUUAAAUUAAACUCAUGCACAAUUUUAUUUGCAAAUAGCAUACAGUGACUCCCUGGGAUAUUGAUUAGGUCAAAUAUUUGAUAAUUAUUAUUCAAUUGCAAAUAAUACUUAUUUACAAGCAACAAUAUCAAAUUACAAAAAAUGUUUACAAUCAACAAUAUUAAAUUGCAAAGAAUAUUUGUAUCCGACAAUAUCAAAUUGCAAAGAAUCUUUGCAAUAGAACAAUGUGAAACUGUCCUUGGUAAUUUGUAAAGUUUCGCGCGGAAUAUAACAAAAUAGAUUGUUUCUAUAUAUAAAUGUCAUAGAGUAAAGUGCCUACAAGUAACCUAUUGUAUACAGCCGUCCAUAAAGCGCCUACUACAUUUAUAGUAUAUUCGUAGCACAGUUCGGUGAAAGAUUUAGUGAAAAAUAAAUAUUAACUAUAGUUAUACUUAAAGCCGGAAAUAAUCGUUGUGUAGACGAGCAUCUUACGUACGUUAGAAAAUUAUGUAAAAGACAAAGAACAUCAUUGGCAUUUUUUGUAAAUCUAUGGUCUAAUAAAAAAGCUAACAGAAUAAAAAUAAAAUAAUGCUAUUUAUAUUUUAAUCUGCUACUUUAAAACAGUUUUGUACUGUAGCAAUAUUCAUAACAUUAUUUUAUAACUUAUUGACACUACUUAGUAUACAUGUGUGUUAAACUGUUAUAUUAAAUAAUAAUUAAUAUUUACAUUACUAAGUGGAAUUCAUUUAACAAUUAUCUAGUUCAUAUUGUGAAUAUUGAUAUUCUGCAGUGCCUUUGACACCACGAAGUCGCAUGCCUUAUUUAUACGUUUAUUGAUAUAUUUUAUUAUAAUUUAAUAAAUAAAUUAAAUGUAACUCUGUGCCUAAAUUCACUUUUUAAGGGCCUUAAUUGAAGAUAAAAUAUUUAUUAACUAUGUUACUAAAUAUUUUAUAUUCAAUUAAUACUAUAUACAGGGUCAUAUUAACUUGACUAAGGGCGCGACCAAACUGGCGCGUUUGUCGUCCCAUUCACGGUGCCAAUCAGAAACGUUUAUUUAUCGGCUCGCUCUGUGAUUGGUGGAAAUUAAAAUGGACACAUGAACGCAAUUGUAAAAGAAUAUUUAGUGUGCUCUGGAUCUUACGGUUCUAAUGCGUUAACUAUGUUCUGCUAAUGAGUUUUAUUAUUAUUUAAAACAAAAGAAUUUAAUUUAUAAAUAUAAUAAUAAUUUAAAAAUUGAAUUAUAAUUUUCGCCAUGGUAUUUUUAUAAAUCUAAUUGUUAUUAGAACAUACUUAGCCUUCAGAUAUAUUAUUUCAGAGAAAUCUUUUUAAAUUCUUGCGUGUAGCGAAAUUGCGUCCGAAUAAUUUAUGUGUUUUGAUUGGUACGACGCAGGAUAUUAUAUUAUGAUAAUAGACACCACGAUGUAUUGAUUCACUUGAAAAAUAUCUCGUUUAUCAUCUAUUUGCGUGUAAGAGUAAGUUAAUAAUUUAUUGUUAUACAGCCUUCCUAAUGUUGAAUACAUUAACCAUAAAAUUAUACAUAUAGUACGAUUAUUUAUUUUCGGACUGUUCAAUUUAAAAGAUUUAUGAAGAGAUAGGUCAAAGCAUCCAUCAAAUUCAAAAUCUUGAAUGUGAUAUUUUUUUCGAUUUUACAGACGAAAGUUGUACGUCUUUAGUGUGGCCUUCGCUUUAUGAUUCCAAAUUAUUAUUACAGAUUAUUUUGACAUUUUGUUAAUAAAUAGUAAGCAAAAAAAUCCUUAUAAUUUGUAAAAUAUUAAUUUCCAAAUUGUUAUUAAAAAUCAGACAAUGUAAAUACAGCAUUUUUUUAAUUAAUGGUAUAUUAUUUAUAAAUUAUAUAUUUAUCGUUUUAUGAGCUACAACUACAACAAUAAUUAAUAGGUACAAAAAUUUUGUAUACUUACUUUUUUUUAACUGACUUCAAAAAAAGGAGGAGGUACUCAAUUCGUCUGUAUGUUUUUUAUAUGUGACUUCCGUAAACAUGUUUUGAUAGUUGAUAUAGAGAAACCACAUUAGAAACAUGGAUUAAGAUUUAAAAUAAUUUUCUUCAAAGUAAAGUGGACCUAAUCUCUAUUAUUUGAAAUUCACUUUAUUUUAACGAAAAUUGAGGUUUAAAUCUUAAUUCAUGUGUAAUAAUUAUGGCCGUAAAUGUGCGCAAAGUUUUUCAUAAUGCACGUUCGCUAAUGCGUUGGCCAAUAGGUUGACUAAUAUGUUGGCCAUUAUAUUGGCCAAUAUUGCCCUAUUUCCAAUAGAGCGGUGUUUCGAGGCAACCACAAUAAUUGACCAAUAACUUCAACUUGUCAAACAUUUGUCCAAAUGUUUACUUACACGUUUCACAUCAAAUUAAUUUUGCGCAAAUUACUCGUAGAUUGAAAAGCUCUGCAAAAAUAUUUCGUAGUUUUAAAUGUUUAUGUAUGUGUCGUGCUAUAUAAAUUCAAUUAUGUAUGUAUAAUACUAUAAAUAUAUAAAUGUCAAAAAUGUACACACGUUGUCCUGGUCCGUUUUUAUAAAACUAUUUCGUUGAAAACAGAAAUAGAUACAUCUUAUUGUUUUAAAGCUAUGACACAAUUUUUAAUUUUUAACAAUGUGAAUUAGCUGUAGGGCUAUUCUGAAGCAAUGUUUUCAUAACUCUACAGUGUAAAUUUCUUAUUCUAUCUCAAAGUCUCUAUACCUCUCUACAUGUAGUUAUCGUGUUUGAGAGAUAUUGCGGUGAAUUCUUAACUCUCAAUUCUGUGUUGUAAAAACAUCGUUACAAAACAACGUCGCUAUUCAAAAUUAUUUCAGAUCAAACUGCGUAGGCGUGAAUUUCUUUAUUUCUUUUAUAUUGGUCUAGCGGACGCCCGCGAUUUCGUCCGCGUGGAUUUCAGCUUUUCACAAAUCCCACGUGAACCAUGGAUGCUAUUAUACAUAUGAACCUUCCUCUUCAAUCACUCGAAUUAUUAAAAAAACCGCAUCAAAAUCCGAUGAGUAGUUUUAAAGAUUUAAGCAUACAUAGGGACAGAGAAAGAGACUAUGUAGUGAUGACAGAUUUUUCUAUGUAUUGGAUGACGGAUAAUAUUAUGUUGACCUAACUAUACUGAAUUUACUCGUGAACCGCAUGGUAAAUCCAUUUAGCAAUAAGGGAGAUUUCUGCUAUUAAUUUCUGUUAUAUUAAGGUAUGUUUGUUUGAAUGAAUCGCUCAGCCUCAGUUUUAUGAACGCUAUAUACAUAUUAGGCAUUAUUGUAUUAAUUAUUAUUAUAAUUAAUUAAAACCUUAUGGUCUUUGAAAUAUGGUUCAAAGAUAUGUCGCAGAUGGCCACAAUAAGAUAAAUUUUAAGCGUAUUUGGUCACAAAUGUAACUAUACGUUUGCGCAAAGGUUGGUCAAAUGGUUUGGCAAAUGUAUUGUUGCAUCUGUGGUCUUCCUAAUGGAUGCCAUUGUAACGUGUAACUUUUAUUAUGAAUAUUUUCUCCGUUUAGUACAUAAUUAAUAAAGUUUCUUUUAUUUAGAAA